AUGGAAGAAACACAAGUUCUCAUUGUUGGUGCUGGGCCUUCCGGCCUGGCUCUUGGUCUUGCACUGGCCAGAUUUCAAGUCAGAUCUGUCAUCCUUGAGAAAGACAGUGAAGUGACUACAGACCCUCGGGGUGUAUAUCUCACAGGAGACGCUGUGAGGAUCCUCUAUGACUUGGGACUAGAGAAUGAGGUAUCUACUAUCGGACAUGAGGUUCAUAAGAUCAGUUUUCAUCGAUCCACGUUCGGCACGAAGCCAUACUAUCGUAUGAACAUCGGCACGCGGGAUGUCCUACAGCAGGCAGUACCGGAGGGAAUCUUGCAGAGCCAACCACGGCUAGAGAGCGCACUUCGGGAGAAAGUGAGGAACUCUAGAUAUUGCACCCUCCGAACAGCCUGCCGUGUGAUAAAAAUAACACAUGAUGAUUUGCCAAGCGCCGAGUACAUCGACGGGCAAGAAAAAAGCCAUCAGAUUAGGAGUGAGUGGUUAGUGGGCGCUGAUGGCAAAGUAGGCAUUGUACGAAAGCACUUUCUGGAGCCGACCGCGGGCAUCAUUCAGGAAGAAGGAAAAUAUCCGUACAACGGAACUUGGAUUGCGGCUAAUUUAAAAAUUACGAUUCCAACGCCACAGACACACCCGACCUAUCCUUUGUGGGAUCUUGGGUACUCUCCUGAAGCGGUAUACGACCUCUUCUGGCCAGAAGGGUGGCACUUUUGUGGCCCUCCCGGUAAGGCAACAGCAACGGGGCGAUUUGGUCCACCUAAAGAGAGGAUGUGGAGGCAUGAGCUAUGUCAGUCCGACUGGGAUGACUCUAUGGAUGCAGAGUCUCUGUUUUGGGAGCAUCUCAAGCCUAUGAUCACGAGAGAAAGGGAUGACGAUCGAGGGUGCGAUUUCUCUUCUCCCAUACCGUUUCCUGUGGAUUGUAUCACGAUCCUCCGUUGCAGACCGUACAGAUUCGCUCAUAAAGUCGUCAAUCGUUGGUUUCACAAACAUGUCGUUCUUAUUGGAGAUGCGGCGCAUGUGUUCCCCCCUUUCGCCGGUCAGGGUAUAGCAAGCGGCGUGAGAGAUGCGCAUCAGCUGGCGUGGCGCCUUGCCUUGCUCCUCCGGUCCAAGUCUCAAGGCGAAGCACUGGUCAAUAACAUACUGGGUUCCUGGGCUCUUGAGCGGCGGAAAAGCGUGGAUGAUGCAGCCAAGUUUACAAUGUUAAACGGCUAUUUGUGUAACAACGAGCCAUCAAUCUGGCUCCGCAUGCUGCUACAUCUAGCAAUGUUUCUCGAGUCUAACCAAUUUUCUUUCCAGUUUCUAGACCCCCAAGCUAUCGUGGAGCGCCGUGGAUUCACCCACGUACAAGGAGGGCUUUUUCUCGAGAACAGUCACGGCGGCGCUCGACUCAUGCAGAUGUAUGUGCAGUCGAUCAAAGGCGUGUCCAUCUUAUCAGACACACUACUGCGAUCCGGUGAUUGCAUCUUCACGAUUGUCGCUAUAUGUAAUGGUGUUGAUGAUAGCCGAAUUUACCAAGACGCAAAAGAGGCUGUUGAGGGCUCAGGAAUGGACCCAGCCGUUUUAUCAACAUCGUCAAUUGUGCUGCUCAGUCCAGGUUACAGCGGCGAAUGUAUCAAACCAGUCGAAUCCGUCAGCGGAGAGCAAAUCCAGGUGUUCUCGCCAGCAAUGCAUCCUGGUGGGCAGCCCGGAAUGAGCCCUCAACAGAAUGGUCAUGCAUAUCUGGAUCGCCUCGGACGUUCAACACGGUUUGCCAUCAUACGCCCUGAUUUUUUUGUCUUUUCCUGCUGCAAGAAUGUCAAGGAGCUAGAGCAAUCUCUUUCACUACUGAAGAAGAGACUAGUUCCUCAGAAGUAG